AUGGCGCGUGGCCUCGGCGGUCAGCGGGCUCAGCGAUGCAAGGAGUCGGUGGUGGCGCAAAGACGAGGCGGGUGGCAACGACGCGGGGAAGGCCGAGUCCGCGGCGCACGGCCGAGGCGGAUGGCAGGCUCGGUGGCUGCGCGCGGCAGAGGCAGCUCGAGGCAACGCAGGAAGGUCGAGCCGGCGGCGCGUAGCCGAGCCAUCACUCUGACGGCGCGGGAAUGGCACGCCGGCGGCAUACGGCCGAGGCUGCGCGCCCUUGUCCCUACCCCAGGCUCCCCGAUCGGCACCUCCGCGCCGCGCUCCGGCUCAAGGAUAAGGCACGCCUCUCAAUCAGUGUGGCAUGUGGCUUCUGCCCGUCUGUCUGGGUCGGUUGGUUUCGCGGUGCGCGCUAGGUGCUCGGCUGAUUCCUUGGCUCCCCUGCAGUUCGUGGAGGAGACGUGGGCCAAGGCGGAGAGGCAAGUGACGGACUACACGCUCUACACGGGCGGGCUUGCCAUCGCCGCCGACCGCACUUUCUUGGUUCUUGACAUUCAUCUGUGGGAGGGCUGGUCUGUGCGCUCUUGGAGUGGUGAUCCGAAGCAUUGCGAUGAUCAGCUGCUUGUCACUCAGUAUCUGAGCUCGUUUGAUGAGAUAAUGAUCACUGAGAAAGUUCCAAAUGAGUUCUUGCAUGUUUGCAUUUGA